CAUAAUCAUCAUAAUCAUCACAAUCAUCAUAAUCAUCACAAUCAUCAUAAUCAUCAUAAUAAUAACCAUCAUAGCCAUCAUAAUAAUAAUGAUAGUAUCCUUGAAAUUGCUAAUUUAACCAAUCCCGAUAACGGAUUCAAUGAUGAGACAAAUAUGCUCCAUUCAUCUCAUGACUCUAGCAAAUCAAAUUCAUCUGCUGAUAUGUUUGGUAAUUUAAUAGAAACAAGUUCAAGUUCAAGUUCAAUAGUUUUAUCCAGUAAUCAUUCACCUAUUGAAAAUACCCCUUCAAAUUUCCUGACAAGAUUACAAUCUCUGCCCAAACAACAAGGAAAGAGAUCAAAUCGUCAAUCUUCGAAGAAGGAAGUAUCAAGUCCUAAAAUUGAUCGUAGUCAAGUCAUACAAUAUUUAAGAAAUGAAGUCAAUAAAUUAAUAUCAAAGAAUAUUAUUAAUAAUAGACUCUUAAAGGAUGAAGAUAAAUCAUCCAUUUUGGAUGGUUUUACGCAAAAUUUAUUAGUUGAUCAUAAGGAUUAUUUGCCUAAUAAAUACUCUUCUAAAUUUAAUAAUAAGAUUGAUAAACCAUCUAGAAAGAGAAUUGUUCAACCUCCUCGAAAGCAGAGUGAACAAAAUAAGAGAUCAAUAUUAAAUACUUGGCUUAAUACUUCGAAUGCUAAUAAUACUAAUUUAAUUCCAUUAUCACCUUUAUUGAAUGAUUCUGAUUCUGUUUCUAAUACUAGUAAUGGAAAUAAUUCUAUUGAUACAUUAACUCAAUUACCCAUGAUAAAUAUCAAUAAUACUAAUAUAACCAGUUCCAGUUCCAAUAAUAUUCAAAGUAAUUCAAAUCCAGUUAACUUUGUUUUCCCCAGUCAAGUUCUGCUGCAAAUUCAAAAUCAAAAUCAACAGCUUCCAUCAUUUAAUUCUAUUCAAAAUAAUAUUCCUUUAUCACCAUCAGGAAUUUCAACUAUUAAUAAUUCAUCAUUAAUUCCACCAUUAGGAAAUAAUUCAGCUAAUUCAGUUACUUCAGCUACUUUAACACCUGCUCAUAUUUUAGAAAGUUCUACAAAGAAUCUUUUUAAUUUAUCUUCAUCUACAACUACAGGUUCAGCAUCUGCUUUAACUGAUUUUAAACUUGGAGGUACAUUAACUAGUAAUAUAUUUUCAGGUCAAUCUUUACUUAAUGGAGGUCCUAAUUUAAUGCCGGCAAAUAUAAUGAAAGAUACUUCAUCAGCUUUUCUUACUAGUUCAAAUUUCAGUACUUUACCAUCAACUAAUCUUCAAAAUACAUUUUCAAAGGACAAUAAUUCUAAUUCUAAUUCUAAUAAUGCUACGAAUAGUUUACUAAAUAAUUUCAAUGAUCCUCCCUGGUAGUGAUCUAUAAGUUUUUUACUUUGUUUUAUUUUAUUUUAUUUUUCUU